UGGAAGAGAGAAACUCUUUAGAUUAAACAAACCCUUUCACCCAAACACACCGCAACCCCAAAACUCUGCCCUUUUUCUCUCUCUUCUCUGUUUCUCCCUCUUCACGAAAAUUAGACCGUUGGAAAAUUUACAUUUUUACAAACCCAGAAAAAAAAAACAGAGCAAUUACUCUAAGCUUAGAUUAAACAAACAUCAAUGGCAGAAAUAAUUGGGUCACAUCAAUUAACCCUUGAUCCAAAAACCCUAAUUCUCUCUCAUCAUUUUGAUCCUCUCAAUCCAAGCAAUACCCUUCAAUUGAUCACUGAUCCUUACUUCAUGGAACGAGGGCCAAGAUACAAUGCAUACGCCCAACUCAGAGAAUCAAAGCUCCGAUCAAAAAGACUCAAACUUGAGGAAGAUGAACAAGUUUUAGAGAUUUCCAAGUCAGAAUUUUCUCCAGCGAGGAAGGCUGUAAGAUUUCAAAAAAUUGAGGAAGAUGAACAGUUUUUAGAGAUACCUAAAUCGGAAUUUUCUCCGGCGAAAAAGAGUGUAAGGUUUCAGGGGAAUUUACUGCGCAACAGUAAAAAAAUCGAGGAAAACGAACAGUUUUUAGAGUUGCCCAGAUCAGAAUUUUCGCCGGCGAAAAAGACUAUAAGGUUUCAGGGGAAUUUACAGGGUAACAGUAAAAAACAAGGGUACUCUGCUUUGGCUCAAUCAGUGCCUGAUUUCUCUUCAGCAUUGAGGAAAGAAAACAGGAAGCCGCCGUCUGAGAAUCGGAUUCCCAGGUUUGAGAAGAGCGCAACGCCACCGCCAUCAUUGUCGAAGAGAGAGAAAAUGUAUGGGAGUGCGACAAAAUUGGGAGGUGUAGGAAGUAAGUCUGUGAAUUCAGGGGAAAAACAGAGUAGUGGGAAGUUGAUGAUGAUGGCAAGGAAGAGUUAUGCUAGUAUUGAUGAAUUGAAGGGUUUAUCGAUUGCGGCCGCAAAUGCGAUUAAUGGCGAAAACAGAGGAGCAAAGAAGGGUGGUAGUGUUUUGAGGAAGAGCACUGUAUUCAGUUCCAGAUAUUACUGAUUUAAUUUUCUUUUUCCCCUUUAUAUUCUUUGAUUGGUAUUAUUGCUUUGGAUUAAUUUUGCCACUGUUUUCGAUAUUUUGGCAUGGGUUAAUAUACUUCAUACAGUUUGAAUGUUGUGUGUGAGAAGUGUAGUGAGAAAUCAUAUGUUCCAAGACUUGUCUUAGGAGACAAUUAAAAGUCAGUUUAAGGGACGAGGGAUUAUGUGUGUAAUUUUUCGCUUUUUGAGUUCCAUAAAAUUACAGUAAAUGUGUUAGUUUGGGAAUACUACUUGACGACGAUGGUUAUUUUUUCGGGUUUA